AUGUCUAAGAAAGUUCAAAACGAUUUAAUCGAAACUAUCUCAAGCAAAGUAUCCUAAGAUUGUUAAAUUCAAAGACCAUCAAUAAAGGAAUUAGUCAAGUUGAUGUUCAGUUAGAAAAAAUACUUCAAAAAUUUUGAGUACUUAAGCAGUGGUGCUUAUGCUCUUGUCUUAAAAGCUUAAAAUAUUUAACAGAAUCGCUAAGUAGCUCUCAAAUUUUUAGGGAGUUCAAACCAAAAUGACAAGAAUGGAAUCGAAUCUUUGAAAAAGGAGUAUGAAAUGCUUCAAAAGUUUAGCUAAUCAGAAUUUUUGGUAAAUGUCUAUGAUUGCUUCUAUUUAAUGGAAGAAAAAGAAGAUGAAGACGCUGAUGGAAACGAUAUUAUCGUUUAAACUGAAGUCAAAUCCUUCUUUGUAAUGGAAAUGGAGCUUUGCGAGAACAAUCUCAAAUAACUCUUUGAUAUUCUCAGAAAAGAAUAAGUUCCGCCUCCGAAACAGAUGAAGGAAAUAAUAGCUAUUCAAAUGUUAGAAGGGCUGAAUAAUCUUCAUGUCAAAAAUAUUAUGCACAGGGAUAUCAAGCCUUAAAAUUUCCUUGUUUGUCCAUCUAAGGAGUAUGGUUUCUCAAUCAAACUAUGUGAUCUAGGUUUUGCAUCAGCUGUGUCUAAAUCAAAAAGUUUCAAAUCUAAGAAAGGAACUGAUCCAUAUUUUGCUCCAGAAGUGGAUGAAGGAUAAUCUAGAAUUUAGUCAGACCUAUUUUCACUAGGAUUAGUUUUAUUAGAACUUGAUAAUCUCAAUACUUUAAAUGAGAAUUGGAUAGAUUUCAAAACAAAAAAUUAUCUAUUCAAAGGAGAAGAAAUACCGAAAGAAAUAUAUUAGAUAGACAAGAAUUCUAAUAUAUACAAAAUAGCUUAAAUAUGUUUAAAACCUAGGUAUUUAGAAAGGACUACAGCAGGAGAAUUACUAUCCUAGCUCAUCUAAAUGCAUGGUUAACCAUUGAAAUUUGUAUUGACUUCUAUGAUACUAAAAGAAUAAAUACCAAAAUAGGCACAGUAAAUAUUUUAUAAAAUUAAUCAACUGCAACAACAAAUGAAUAAUUAAUUUGAUGAGUAUGCUUAGUUUAUUCUAGGGAAAACCAAUCAGAAAAUUAUACAAAAAGAUUUUAAAUAACAAUUUACAAAAGUGGAAGUAUUAUCUAAUCUGCUGAAAACUCUCUAUGAAAAUAAAAAAUAUUCAAAUAAUUUUCAAAUUUUAAGCUUUGGAAGCUUUGGAAUGGUAUUAGCUACAAAAAAAGUUAAACUUGAUAACAAAGAAAUAGUGUUAAAAAUACAAAAAAUAGAAGAUGAAUCACAAAUCUAAAAUGAAAUUAGUAUUAUGCAGAAAUUAAAAGAGCCACUAGUCGUAUAGCUUUAUGAUAGCUAUAUAAUAGAGAAUAAAAUAGGACCUGAUAGAUACUCAGUCUUUGAAUUAGAAAAAUGUUCAUGUUCAUUAGAUGAAUAUCUUGACAGAUAAAACAAAGAUGGAUAAUUAAGCGAGGAUGAUAAAUUUUAAAUAGCUAUUUAAAUUAUAGAUUCUGUUAAUUAUAUUCAUUCAUUUAAUAUCAUUCAUAGAGAUAUUAAACCAGAUAAUUUUUUGGUUUAUCUAGAUGGAAAAUAACCAGAAAUAAAAUUAUGUGAUUUUGGCUUAUCUGCUUAGAUUUCAGAUAACAAAGAAUCAAUUCAAACUAUAGAACACAUAGGAAAUUUUGGAUAUUCAGCACCUGAAAUUUUAAAUAAAAAAGAUAAUGAAUUUAAGUUUUAUACAAAGAAAUCUGAUUCAUAUUCAGUAGGGUUAUUGUUAGCUUUGUUAGAUAAUUAUUAAGUUCUGAAGAAAAAUGCAGCUUUAACUUUCGCAUAAAUGACACAAAAGCAGUUAGAUAAGCCUUUCGAAAAAUCUAAUAUUAAUAUUAACAAAAAUUCAUAAAUUUAUAAAUUUAUAAACCAUCUUGUUGUUUCUGAUAGCGGUAAAAGGGCAUCUCUGUAUGAUAUUGUUGAAUAAAAUGAUAUAAAAUUCGUUUCUAAAUCAAAAUAAAUGAAGUAAAUCCUACAAAAAACACUUUUGAUGCAAAAUGAUACAAAUAUAGAGCAAUUUACGACUAUUGAAAUUCAUUCUAUAAACGAUUUGUAUAAAAUUUAGUAUUACAAUAUUGUUAAGAUAUAUUUUAGGUCUAUUGAUAUUGGUGAUGAGGGUGCAUAAGAUUUAAGUACAGUAAUAGCUUAGUGCAAGAAUAUCACAAGUUUGACACUUGAUUUAAGCUAUAAUAGUAUUGGUGAUGAGGGUGCAUAUGAUUUAGGUAUAGGAAUAGCGUAGUGCAAGAAUAUCACAAGUUUGACACUUGAUUUAAGCUAUAUUAAUAUUGGCUGUAUGGGUGUAAAGUUUUUAAUCACAGGAAUAGCUUAGUGCAAGAAUAUCACAAGUUUGACACUUGAUUUAAUCAAUAAUAGUAUUGGUGAUGAGGGUGCAAGAUAUUUAGGCACAGGAAUAGCUUAAUUGAAGAAUAUAACAAAUUUGACACUUAAUUUUGAGUCAAAUGGUAUUGGCGAUGAGGGUGCAAAAGAUUUAGGUAGAAUAAUAACAUAGUGCAAGAAUAUCACAAGUUUGCUACUUGAUUUAUAGUCUAAUAGUAUUGGUGCAUAAGGUGCAUACGAUUUAGGUAAAGCAAUAGCGUAGGGCAAGAAUAUUACUAGUCUGACACUUCUUUUAAAAUGUAAUAGUAUUGGUAAUGAGGGUGUAUAUGAUAUAGUCAUAACAGGAAUAGCGUAGUGCAAGAAUAUCACAAGUUUAAUACUUAAUUUAGAAGAAAAUGAGAUUUUUGAAAUAAGCGCAUCAGAAUUAGAAGAAUAAUUAAAAAUUUAAUUAAAAAAAUUCGAAAUCUAUAUUAACAUAUUUUUGUGA